CAGUCUGCUUCAGUCUGAUCAUCAACACCGCAACCAGCAGCAGCAGCAGCAGCAUGGCCUCCAACACUGCCACCAUGGGAAACCUCCCCAGCGGGAUCGGAAUAUGCACAACUAUCCCAGACAUCCUCUACGUGCCCGAGCUGAUCUUCGGCGGUCUGGUGUGGAUCCUGGUUGCGUGCACGCUGGUGGUGCCGGCGAACCCUCAGGGCUGGGUCAUGUUCGUGUCCGUCUUCUGCUUCAUCAUGACUUUCAUCUGGUUGGUGGUGUUUGCCUGCGGGGGGCAUCACAACAAGGGCGGCUGGGCUGCAGCGGACUUUGUGUACCACGGCCUCGCUGCCUUCUUCUACCUCAGUGCUUCGGUGGCUUUGGCCAAAGUGACUCUGGAGAUUAAAGACGGGAAACCCCAAAACUACCAGCUGGACAUUGCUGCAGUGGUUUUCUCCUACGUGGCGACUUUACUCUACUUCAUCCACACCAUCCUGUCCGCAAUCCGAUGGAAAUCCUUCUAGAGGUUUCCUCCCUGCAGAGCCUCACGAACUGAUUUAUAUUCUUAAAGCUUGUACAUAGAGGCGCGGCGCUCUGACACUCUGGGAGAGGAAGUGAACGCACCAUCCAUCAUCAGUCUGG